CCCUUCUCGUCUUGCUCUGAGUCCCGCUGGGCCUGGGCUAUGCUGCGGGGCGGAUCCCCCACCACAGCUCCAACAUGCCAGCAGCAUCUGGAAAGAGAUUCAAACCCAGCAAAUACGUUCCAGUCUCAGCUGCUGCCAUCUUCCUAGUGGGAGCCACCACCCUCUUCUUUGCCUUCACGUGCCCAGGGCUCAGUCUGUACGUCUCCCCAGUCAUUCCUGUCUACAAUGCCGUCGUCUUCCUCUUCGUGCUGGCCAACUUCAGUAUGGCCACCUUCAUGGACCCAGGCAUAUUCCCACGAGCUGAGGAGGACGAGGACAAGGAGGACGACUUCCGAGCUCCGCUCUACAAGACGGUGGAGAUCAAGGGCAUUCAGGUGCGCAUGAAGUGGUGUGCGACCUGCCGCUUCUACCGGCCGCCGCGCUGCUCCCACUGCAGCGUCUGCGGCAACCGUGUGGAGGGGUUUGACCAUCACUGUCCCUGGGUCAACAACUGCAUCGGGCGCCGCAAUUACCGCUACUUCUUCCUCUUCUUGCUGUCGCUCACCACGCACAUCAUGGGGGUGUUUGGCUUCGGCCUGCUCUACGUCCUCUACCAGGUGGAGGAGCUCUCCGGCGUCCGCAUGGCCGUCACUAUGGUGGUGAUGUGCGUGGCCGGCUUAUUCUUCAUUCCUGUCGCUGGCCUUACGGGGUUCCAUGUGGUGCUCGUGGCGAGGGGCCGCACGACCAACGAACAGGUGACAGGCAAGUUCCGCGGUGGUGUCAACCCCUUCACCAAUGGUUGCUGUAAGAACGUCAGCCGGGUCCUCUGCAGCUCCCCGGCCCCGAGGUACCUCGGGCGCCCGAAGGCCGAGCAGACGGUGCUGGUGAGACCCCCCUUCUUGCGGCCUGAGGUGUCAGACAGUCAGAUCACUGUCAAGAUCAUGGACAACGGUAUCCAGACAGAGCUGAAGAGGACAAAGUCCAAAGGAAGCCUGGAGGAGGCCCCGCCUCCCGCCCCCGAGCCCCCCCCCCCCCCUAAGCCAGACCCCAGCCGCUACACGGGCCUGAGGACACACUUAACCCUGGCCACCAACGAGG